AUGGCUUCAUUAAUUGAGCUUGAUUCCCUGGAGGUCCAAGUUCUCGUUGACAACGAGGUUGAUCCCAUCUCCACAUAUGAACACCCUGGAAUUGCCGUUUCUGGCCAAUUGAGGGACGUUGGACUCAAAACACCUCUCGAUGAAUCGAGUCGAGGAGGCGCCAAGCUUGAGAUUCGUCUAGACAACGUCUGUUGUGGAGCGCAUGGAUUAUCUCUUAUGAUUACCGGCGUCAAAGAUUCACAACGUCGUACAGUUCUCUUCGACACGGCCCCUGAAGAGCUGAUCUGGGAACUCAAUGUCAAUCGGCUUCGUGCCGACAUUGCCUCCAUAGAAUGGGUGCAACUCUCCCACUGGCACCGAGAUCAUUCAGGUGGCAUGCUCAAGGCCAUUUCAAUGAUUCAGAAGGCAAAGUCUUCAAAAGAGGGACUGACAGUCGACCUGCAUCCUGAUCGGCCCACAUAUCGUGGCAUUGCUACUCCCAACGGCAUCGUCUCCCUUGAACGAGAUCCUACCUGGGAAGAGAUCGAAGCAACGGGCGCAAAAGUGGAAAAGCAUUCUCAAACCCAUGCCAUCCUCGACGGUCACUUUCUGGUGUCGGGAGAAAUCCCUAGGGUGACGGCUUACGAACCAGGAGUGCUUCGCGGGGUCAAGUAUGAUGACAAGACACAUACCUGGGAGAAAGAUGAAUUGAUCCUAGACGAGAGAUUUCUGAUGUGCAAAGUCAAGGGCUACGUAUUCGCCCUGUCAAAUAAAGGACUUGUGGUAUUCACCGGAUGUAGCCACGCCGGGGUGGUUAAUGUGGUCAAGCAUGCACUGAGCCUCGCGGGAGAAGCAACACCAUUAUAUGCCGUUGUGGGAGGCUACCAUCUCGUGGGUCCUAAUGAAGCAUUUAUCAAAGAGACAGUGCAGGAUCUCAAGGCACUGAACCCACAGAUCUUGAUGCCUGGACAUUGUUCUGGUUGGAGAGCAAAGCAUGAGAUUGCAAAUGUGCUUCCAGGACGAUUAGCUCCAUCCACCGUGGGAACCAAGUUUGUUUUUUGAUAUGAGUUUGAGUAGAAUUUCGAUGAUUCUAGAGAGGCAA